GGUUGGCCCUGUCUCCUCCAACUCUAAUUCAGUAGGAUCUCAGCUGCUGUUGGUCUGUCAUCGUCGAGCACAGACGGACCACAGACUUCAGCAUCUCCCAGUGAUUCCCGGAGCUCAGCCUCUUACCCACAGACCGCACUGUCUGUGGGAAUAGCAGCCUCCAGGUCCGGACAUGUUCAGUAACCGAAGGACUGUCGGAUAAAUGACGGGCUGCUGGAUGCAGAGGAUGGAUUACUGAAGCUCCGGAUUUGUUUUGUCGAGCGCACAUUUUCCGAGGUUGGCUCCGUUUUAGAGUAAUGAAUGAAACCCAGAGGACAACACACAAUCCGACCUGGUCUUGGAUGUGAGUGCUGUGAUGCUGUGGCUACAACUGUGACUGAAUGAAUGCGUAAAGGCUGUUUUUUUUUUUUUUUUUUUUUUUUUUUUGCAAACAGCGACAAGGAGAAGAAGUUGCGCGAAUGCCUUCCUUGCUCCGAUGCUGCAGAUGUUAGUUUGGUGAAGACGUAUUCUGAUAGUAAAUCCGAGCAGUCCCCUCCAUCCAGACCAGAGGAUGGUCCCCGGGGCUCCCAGUACCACCACCACCAUGCUGCCCGCCUCCGAGGCUGCCAAGAUCUACCAGACCAACUACGUGCGUAACUCCCGAGCCAUCGGUGUCCUGUGGGCCAUCUUCACCAUCCUCUUCGCCAUCGUCAAUGUGGUGUGCUUCAUCCAGCCGUACUGGAUCGGAGACGGCGUGGACACCCCUCAGGCGGGUUACUUCGGGCUGUUCCACUACUGCAUCGGGAACGGGCUGUCCCGGGACUUGACCUGUCAGGGUAGCUUCACCGAGUUCAGCUCCAUCCCCUCUGGUGCGUUCAAGGCCGCCUCCUUCUUCAUCGGUAUGUCCAUGGUGCUGGUCCUCACAUGCAUCGGCUGCUUUGCGCUCUUCUUCUUCUGCAGCACCGGGACCGUGUACAAGAUCUGCGGCUGGAUGCAGCUGGCGGCAGGUACAUGUCUGAUUCUGGGCUGCAUGAUCUACCCAGACGGCUGGGACAGUGAUGAGGUGAAGCGGAUGUGUGGUGAGCAGACGGAUAAGUACACGCUGGGGGCCUGCUCGGUGCGCUGGGCCUACAUCCUGGCUAUCAUGGGCAUCAUGGACGCGCUCAUUCUCUCCUUCCUGGCCUUUGUCCUGGGAAACCGCCAGGACAGUCUGAUGUCUGAGGAGCUGCUGGGAGACAAGAGCGGAAACAAUGCCAUAUAAUACCUGGAAUAUUAAGGAAUUCACACAGGCCUUGCUGCCUUCACUGAUGUUACUUCAGGAUCCAGCUUCCCUGUCCUGGUCCAGCUUGUGGCUCUGAUGCAGAGCUGAUAUGUGGGGAAAGAACCGAUCAGAGAUGAAGAAGAAGAGGAGGAUUUAACCUUGGAGGAGACCAGGAUGCCUUUUGUCCUUUUUGACAGCCCCCUUUGUAACAUAGCCUUCUCAUUCCUCUCAAACUGCUUUUUUUUUUAGCAGGAUGAAUUGUUACUGUUAAAAAAAAAAAGAAAAAAAAAGAAAAGAAAAGAGACAGACUGGCCUGUGUUGGUACAUCAUUGUAUCAUCUUAUCUGAACUGUUGGAACGAUGUGGGGACAGCUGGCAGGGCAACAGGCUCAGAAGACAUGUUUCACUCUCGGAAACAUCCUUCAUGUGUUAAUUCAGCUCCGAGACACUUGUUGGAGGAAAAAAAAAAACACAGCGGAGGGGUGGACGCUCAGAUCGAAUCACAUCAGGACAAAUUAAGCAGACUUUGACCGACACAAAUAAGAACUUAACAGACUGGAGGUCAAAGCUGUCACAUCUUCUUUCUUAUCAAGUCAACAGCGUAGUACAGCAGAGUCCCUUCAGUUUGAUUUGACACUUAGUGACCUUUGCAGAACGGGUGAAAACAGAGAAGAAACCACUGCAAUGUAGAAGAACAGAGGGAAGAGUGCAGUUUGUUAUACAGUAAUUAAAUGUUUGAUGUGAUAGAACCAAAAGGUAGUAAUUAGAGGUUUUACUGGUGAAAACAAUGAAAACAGAUUAAAAAUAAAGUGCACUAAAUAGGAGAAAAAAUCAAUUGUACUAAGUCUAUAAUCUCUGUAUAGAUGUGUUGAUUAUGUUCCUGUACUUCGUCUCGACUUGUACACUUUGAUAUGUCAAGCUAUUGGUCCAUUAUUAGUGUGUGCCAUACAGUAUUUUGUAUUCUCACAGUAUUGUGGAACACUAAAGUGCAUAAGAUGAGCUGUACUGAUCUGAACUAUGGUUGGAUAAGAUUUACUCUUUGGUGACUGUUGUAUCUUUUUAGUUUCCGUCCUACUUUACUGUCACCUAAAACUAAAACCUCAUAACACACAGUAGGGACUAACAACAAUAAAUCUGCUGACAGAACAACCAAAAACAUGUUUCCAACUAACUACGGUAGUUUUGGUGUCACACUGCGGCGUUUUCCUUGUGAACGUGCCUCCAUUGAUAUUAUCUCUGUUACUUUAGCUGUUACCAUGAAGACCUGAAGGAGUCCUUUUUAUGUGUUUUUCUCUCCAGGCCAGAAAAAAGGGUAAAAUAAGGACUCCCUGUGUUUUCCUCACCCUGUCAUUAAGCUCCUAACACCUGACCAGACAGCGAUAAACAUGAUGAGCCCUUUCCUUUGUCUGCAUGGGUUGAUUCAGACGGCCUACUGUUGAACCAGAGAGACAUGUAAAUUUCACACCACAACACAUCUUGUGAGAGAAUAAAAAGAUGACAAACACCAAGUGAAA